AUGAAAUAUCAUAGAAAAGUAGUGCAAGAGCUGAAGCCUGCGUCGCUAAUGGUGCUGUCGCAGGUUGCAACUGCGGCUGCGAACGUGCUUUAUAAAUUGACCAUAAAUGAUGGAAUGAGCAUUAUGGUCCUCACUUCCUACCGUCACAUUUUCGGAGCUGCAUUCUCUCUUUCUCUAGCUCUUGUUAUAGAAAGAAAGAGCAGGCCAAAGUUGACGUGGAGGGUGCUUUUGAUGGCAUUUUUUUGCGGUCUAUUUGGGGGCAGUUUAGCGCAAAAUCUUUAUUUCAUCGGUUUGGCUUGGGUAUCAGCAACAUUUGCUACUUCCCUUUAUAAUCUCGUUCCUGUGGUUACUUUUAUCUUUUCCGUUUUGUUCGGCUUGGAAAAGUUAAGCUUGCGAACCGCCUCAGGGAGGGUGAAGGUGUUGGGACCAAUAAUAGGAAUUGUUGGGUCAAUGCUGUUGACAUUUUACAGAGGGGAAGAAAUUAAGAUGUGGAGAUUCCACACUAGUCUCUUACAUAAAAAUCAAAAGGGGCACCUAGGA